AUGGCGUCCCUCCGCCCCCCCAUGCUCCGUCACCUCCUCUCCAGCGCGGCCCGAACCCUUCGCGCCUCCCACCAGCGCCGCUGGGCCCAAGUCCACGACAUCCGCCUCCUAGCCACAACCCAACAACCCCUCAACACCCUCGAAAAAUACCGCGAAAAGCUCGCCCGCAAGGCCCAAGAAGAAGGCCACGAGACAAUCGACUCCCUCAAAGCCGCCUACGCCGAGAAGAUCCAAAAACUCCGCAAAGAAGCCGACGUUGUCGUACCCCCAACGCCCCCACCAUCACCACAAUCCCCAUCAUCACAACCAAACUCACCUGCACAAUCACCACCACCCCCACCACCGCGAACCCCCUCUAAAAAACUCGACUCCUCCGGCAUAAAACCCCUCUCCUCCGUCCUCGACCUCCCCAAAGUCUCCUCCCUCCCAGUAAAAGAACUCACCGCCAUCUGGCGCUUUCACCACGCCUCCAAACCAAACUCCCUCUGCGCGGUGAUCCCUUCAGGGACUUACUCCCAGCUCGAAGCCACCGCGCGCCAAAACCCUCACUUUGUCCUCCCCGUACCGCACCCUGACCAAGGCGCAGAAAUCCACUUUGUGCAAUGGACUUGGGAUCCCGCGACCAAUUCUUCGACUGUGUUGUUCACCCAACUAGCUGAAUACAAAGCCAGGGGGGAGUUUGCCUCGCCGCAUACCACCGUGACGCACUAUAAGGAUUUGGCAAAGGAUAAGGGGGUGGUGUUGAUGCAGGGGACGGUCAUGGAGGAUAGGGGGGUUAAAGUGCAGGAUGCGCAGUUUUUGGUGAUGUGCUUGCAGAGGUUUUAUGGGGGUUGGGAUGGGGCGGGCGGCCAGGCGGGGAUGGAGAGGGCGGAGGAGAGGAGGAGGUUGCUGGAGUGGUUUGGGAGGGGGGAUGAGAGGUUUAGUGUGGAGAAGUUGUUGGAGGAGGCGGAGAGGAUGGGCUAG